UCCAACGAUCCCACAUUUCUAACAUAUGCGCACGCGCAAAGGAUCCACGUUCGACUGUAUUCCAUUCUGACAGAGUGCACUUGUUAAGAAGCCUUUGUCUGGUUAGUUCUCAUUCAAUUAAAGCCUUUUUAUUAAUAAUGAAAUCGCUUUUAUUAGUGGGCAUCGUAUUAACAAUUUGUUGGAGUAGUAACGCUGACGAUAAAAAAGGCCCAAAAGUUACAGAUAUCCGUAAAUUUGAUAUUAAGAUUGAUGGUAAAAAUGAAGGAAGAAUUGAAAUUGGACUCUUUGGAAAAACAGUUCCAAAAACGGUUCAAAAUUUCAUUGCAUUGUCAAAUUUACCUGAAGGAGAAGGAUAUAAAGGUAGUAAAUUCCAUAGAGUCAUUCGUGAAUUUAUGAUACAAGGAGGAGAUUUCACAAAAGGAGAUGGAACUGGAGGUUUGAUUCUUUAUACUUCUGGAUGGUUGUCUAUGGCAAAUGCUGGAAAGGACACUAAUGGUUCUCAAUUCUUCAUUACUGUGAAACAAACUCCAUGGCUUGAUGGUAGACAUGUUGUAUUUGGCAAAAUAAUUAAAGGAAUGGAUGUAGUACGAAAAAUUGAAAAUGUAAAUACU